AUGGUGUGGACACUGUAUCACCCCUCAUUCACAAAGCCAAUCAAUUUGUUUAAUGGUGAGAAGUGUUGUAUUGGAAGAUCACCAAAGGAGGCUGACGGAGUAUAUACAAUCACAAUGACACAUCACAGCAUCAGUGGGACACAUUUAAUGUUGGUGGUGAGAGAAUAUAAGGAAGAAGACCGGAUUAACCCAAUUCAAAUUACAGACCUUUCAACGUUUGGAACAUAUUUGGGUGAGUCGAAAGACAGAAUGCACAAAGGACAACACUACACUGUUAUGAAGACAACAACACAGCUUUAUCUUGCAUCAGAGCCCAAGGAACUGAAACUUGAAUACAAAAAUUAUGAUUUCUUCUGUGUUGGUAUAAGACCACCAACAAAUCUUGUUUCAAAGAUCGAGAAGUUUGGUCAUUUUGUGAAUACUGUCGACGAAUGCUCACACGUUGUUUGUAAGAAACUUUUGGAAGCGGAGGACAUCGCAGCAGCCUUAGUAUAUGGCAAGAAGUUUAUCACCCCAAAUUGGUUCAGCCACUUGGACGACAUGCGAACAGACUUUCCCAAAGAAGAGAAUUUCAUCCCCGAGACGGAACACAAAGAAAGGGGAAUUGUUGCGCUGACUCCGCGAAACCAUUUAUUUGACGGUUGGUCGUUUUUAACUAAAAUUCAAAUUGUGAAGAAAUUGGCAGAGGGAUGUGGUGGAACUAUUGGAAGUAGUGGAAAGGAAGUGUGUUUAGUAACUGGAGAUGGAGAUGUUAAUACGGAGAGUAUUGACGUUGGUCACUAUGCUGUGUCAGAUGAUGUUUUUACGAAAGCGAUAUUAUACAGUGAUGUUGGGAAUCUUCGAGCAAAUUUUACAAACAUUAAAAUGGAGGAGUUUGUGAAGAAAGAAGAAACUCAAAUGACUGAAGCAAAUGAAAUUAGUGAAGAGGAUCAGGAAGGAAAUAUUAUUGAAAAGGAGAAUAAAAAUGAAGAGAAACGAAUGCAAGAAGAAAAUGGGUUGGAUGAGAACAAACUCAGUUAUACUGAACAAAACCGUCGGAAUGAAGAUCUGAAAUGCAACAAAGAAAAGGAGCUCAGCGAAGUUAUCACAUCAGCAGAAAUAGAACAUGUGCAAAAGAACAAACUUAAUCGAAACAUGGAAGAGACUUCGCUUGACACAUUUGGAGCGUCAGAGAGUCACAUCAUUCAAAAAAGUUCAUUUGAAACAUUAUUAAAAAAGAUUCAGACACAAGACACACAGAAAAAGAAAGAUCAGGAGAGUAAGCCACGACCCGUUCGAACACAAAGCACUCAAGCAAUGAAAGUUAUCAAUAAAAUAGUGAAGGCGGAAUCCCCAAAACAAGACAGUGAAGAAGCUCAAGUGGUGUACAACAACACUCCACUGGUUAACACAAUGAAAUUUACACAGACGGUCAAUUUGUGCUCGUGUGUUGAAUUUGUUAAACAGAGGUUGGAGAUGUUCUUACCUAAUGAACUUGAAUUUGAGUUUCUCUCAACAAAGUAA